GGCGAGACGCUUCAGCAAGGAAAAGCGGUUUCUAUCGGGCCCAUUUAUCGCUAUAAUGAUGAAUCGCACGGGCGGCAGCUUGGCCAUUCCGUCUGAAAUUCCCCGGAGGCGCAAUGGCCGCCCCCAGGCUUGCGAGCCAUGCCGCCGGCGCAAGGUCGCCUGCGACCACAGACUUCCUAUUUGCUCGAGGUGCAUACGAAAGAGUGCCCCCCAAAGCUGCCGUUAUCUUAUCCAGGGGCAGCUUGUCACGCCGGCUUUGCCUUCAGUUGGUGCAAGACGCCAAUCGGCUGAUAGCCGGCGGCAUGGACAGCCGGCAGCGCCAAACCCACCAACAUUGAGCCCGCCAACACUUGAGGACCUUGCUUCUCCUUCAGAUAGAAAUGUUGGCUACCUAGGAGCAACCAGUUUCCCAGAAUUCUACCGCGAGACUCAAAAGCACCUCGACCAUGUAGCUGGCCUUGAGCCAACCCGUGAUGGCUUAGCCGGCAGUAAUAACAGCGGCAUGGCGUCAACUAACACCGUGGUCCCAGAUGCCGCUGCUUUUGAGGCUGCCUUUGCAGUGUUACGGACAAUACCAGAUCAAGGGGCAGCAAGAUUCUUAUACGGAAGGAAUGUGAACCCUUCAGAUGCAUGGUGCCGCCUCGCCGUGGAUCGACUUCACGACUCACUAUGGAAGACGCUGGGACAUUUCUUAGAAGGAGAGAGAAGCAACGAGGCAUUGUCACAAAUGGCAUUGCUGCUUUUUCAAAAUAGUUCCAGGCCUCUUAGGGAAGACUUUACAGACCCUGAUCAAUGGUACGAGGCCUUCUCCGGGAUUAAUUUUCGCUGGGAAGGUCUUGGUAUCUUGUUCGGAUAUUGGACCUGUGGAGCUACUUCGCUAUCAGAAAACGGCAACGUCGAACAAUGCAAACAACUUGGAAAUCAUAAUCGUAGAAACCUCAUGCAGAUGUACAAAAUGGGUACAACGAGGUGUGCUGACCUUUGCCGAAUGGCUAGCUGCAACAACACAAUGAUGGUAUUCCUCUUACAUUUGAACAGCCUCACUGCAUCACUCAUUACUGGUGAUACAGGUGCGGAAUUCUGGCGCUUGCAUGCAGAAGCCGUCGCUAUGGCCACCUUUCUUGGCCUCCACACAUCUCAAUCAUCCAACUCAUUGCCAGAAGAGUCAGUAGCUGUUCAGGCUAAGCGAAAGACUUUCUGUGCCGUCUUUAUUGCUGAUAUGAUGUUAUCUACUUUGACUGGCCGGCCGCCGUUGCUUAGCAGCAGGCUUUGUUCCACACCAACACCCCUCGAUGUUGAUAAUGCUUCAUUGUUCAAUACCAAGCUCAAAGACUACCGAUUGGACAAGGACGGAUGGAAUAUUGAUGGAAAAACUUAUCCCAUGACAUAUCUGCGAGCUGCAUACAUAAGCGCAAAGAUAAGGAGCGAAAUCUUAGAGAUGGUGCUCCAAGCACCCAACGUCGCGAGUAACAACUAUGAUCUUGACGAACUACGCAAACGAGAAAUGGAUACGGUAUCACGAUUUCCAAUAGGACUGCGGCUCAGAAACGAAGACUUUAGUGAUCCCGAAGUUGACGGUACCGCCCUCUACGCCAAAUUAUUAGUACGACUGGAACAUCUAAGUAAUUUAUUCUUCAUUGAGAAGCUGUCAUACAAGGGCGAUGGCCUGUACAGCGCACAAACACUUGAGAUCAGUCUAGAGAUGAUCUCGCUUACCGUUACAUUCUGGACACAGCAGAAUCGCCUGGAAGGUCUACAAGGAGACUAUGAGUGGCUCGUUAUGGAGUACGCCGGCCCUGCAGGGGGGAUUUUGUGCAUGGAGCUUUUAAGGACUUCCUCUGGUGCGGCAGAAUCACCAACAACGGCGAAGAUUACAAAGUCCAUGAUAAUAAAGCAGCUGACCUUGCUUGUCGGCUUUCUUGAAUGGAUUGGGCCUUCGACGCCGGGCGCUCAUUUGUGUAACAGCAUUAGGACGGUGGUUGAGCGAGUAAUCGAGCAAGCCUUGAAUCCCACGCCUAAUCCAGCACCUCAGCAAGAGUUUGAAAUGGCAUGGGAUACAAAUUUGCCGGAAGAUAUGAACGAUUUUAAUUUUGGACUGCUGGACACAUUUGACUGGCUAAGGCUUCCGGGGGCGGCGAUGUAGCCGGUAUUUGACAGAGAGGCUACCUUGAUGCCGCCCUUGGCCAGUUUGAUUUAAGCCUAAUGCAAUAAUAUAUAUAGACAAGUUAGGUUGGGAUAAUGCAGGACAUUAAUACCGAAAUUUCUUUGUAAAUAGCUGUCAUCGAUAAAUUUCUCGCUA